AUCUCCUAUUUGGAGUUAGCAAGCUCCUCCCCUUCUGAGAUCCUGAGUAUCAGGAGCUUCUUACUGGUGGAAGGUUAUUAAAUUCCCAGCACAGACUGGCUAACUCUGAUCACUCAGGGCAUCUCUCAGCACAAGAGCUCACUGGAAGCAGGGUCUCUUUUGGGUCACCGGUUAAGCCCAGCUAGCUUGAUCUGAGUGUGUUGAGUGACACCGCAAGCAUGACCAAAACCACUGGGGAGAAGCCACGGUCGCGCAACCGGGUGCAGCAGAUCCGAGAGGGGAUUCACCUGCGUUCCCUGAAGGCGAGGAAGAAAGUGGAGGACAUCACUAAAGAUGAUGUGAAGACCUUUCUGAGAAAAAAUGCUUUUGUGCUCUUCACCAUUGGAGCCGUGGUCUUUGGUAUCAUGCUGGGUUUUGCUCUGAGGUCAUAUAACAUGUCAUAUAGAGAAGUGAAGUAUUUCUCCUUUCCUGGUGAACUAUUGAUGCGCAUGCUGCAGAUGUUAGUGCUUCCCCUUCUAGUCUCAAGUUUAAUUACAGGCAUGGCAGCAUUGGACAGUCGCGCUUCUGGAAAGAUGGGCAUGCGUGCAGUCAUAUACUAUAUGACUACCACCUUCAUCGCAGUGUUUAUCGGCAUCAUUAUGGUUCUGAUUAUCCACCCGGGAAAAGGAUCAAAGGAUGAAUUCACCAAACAGCAGAAGAUCGAGCAGGUCAGCCCAGCUGAUGCCUUCCUCGACCUCAUCAGAAACAUGUUUCCUCCUAAUCUGGUUCAAGCCUGCACUCAACAGUUCAAGACCCAAUAUGGCAAGAGGGUCAUUCACGUGAAGAUGAUUGUGAACGAUUCGAUAUUCAACCUAACUAACGCCACCCAGGAGAUCGCCAAAGAAGAAGUGAUCCCUCUCCCAGGCACCACCAGUGGGGUUAAUGCCCUCGGCCUGGUGGUGUUUUCAAUGUGCUUCGGCUUGAUCAUUGGGAAUAUGAAGGAACAGGGACAGGCUCUCAGAGACUUCUUCGACUCCCUCAACGAGGCCAUCAUGCGACUUGUUGCUAUUAUUAUGUGGUAUGCACCUAUUGGUAUCCUCUUUCUGAUUGCUGGAAAAAUCGUGGAGAUGGAUGACAUCACCGAAAUGGGCGGUCAGCUCGGCAUGUAUACGAUUACGGUCAUUAUCGGCCUCAUGAUACACGGCAUGAUCAUUCUACCGACUUUGUACUUCGUCAUCACACGAAAAAACCCUUUUAUCUUCAUCACGGGUUUGCUGCAGGCCCUCAUCACCGCUCUCGGCACCUCUUCCAGGUACGUCCGACAACGUCAAGCUUGCAAAAUCACAAAUAUUUUGUUCUCAUUUCACUUUUUAAUAUUUUUUUAUUUACCUCCCAGCUCAGCCACUCUUCCAAUUACCUUCAAAUGCCUUGAGGAGAAUAACAAAGUCGACAAACGCGUGACUCGAUUCGUGCUGCCCGUUGGAGCCACGAUCAACAUGGAUGGAACAGCGCUGUAUGAAGCUUUGGCAGCCAUCUUUAUUGCACAGGUUAACAAUAUGGACAUGAACUUCGGGCAGAUUAUAACCAUUAGCAUCACAGCUACUGCUGCAAGUAUCGGUGCGGCCGGAAUCCCUCAGGCUGGUCUGGUCACUAUGGUGAUUGUGCUGACCUCUGUCGGACUCCCAACCGAUGACAUCACUCUCAUCAUUGCAGUUGAUUGGUUCCUGGAUCGGCUGCGCACGACAACUAACGUCCUGGGAGACUCUAUAGGAGCUGGAAUCAUAGAGUUCCUGUCUAAAGAUGAGCUUCAGAACGGCGAUGUGGAGUUGGGAAGCUCAGUGCUGGAGGAGAACGAAGUGAAGAAACCAUAUCAGAUGAUCCCUCAGGAGAACGAAUAUGAGAACGAGAAACCGCCAGACAGCGAGACCAAGAUGUAGAGGCUGCGUAACUCCCAACCAAGGAUUUUUGUGUGUGUGUGUGUUUGCGUAUAUGUACAGUGGCACCAAAAAUAUAUGAACACUUUUAAGAUGCACUUAAAAAUCAAAUUUCGUUGCUUUUGAUAAGAAAAUAUCAAACUAAACAGCAUUCAUUUUAAGGAAAUGUAGCACAAACAUGUAUUUGGACACUUUCUGGUUGUCAAAAUUUAAAUAAUGUUUAUAAUUAGGGAUACAAGCUAUACUUGAUGCGUUCACAUAAAUGACUAAAAAAGUGAAGUUAUUUUUGACUGCCAUUCAGUUUGAUAAUUUGCUAUCUAUGCAAUAAAUUCAUACAUGUUUGAAGUGUCACAUAAGUGUCCAAAUAUUUUGGGUGCUAUUGUACAUGUAUAUUUAGUUUUGUUUUUGAAUAUUUCAUUUUCAAACUUCUUUUGACCUGUUACUGUAAUUUUGUUUUUGUGCUUUGUCUCCUUUCUCCAGGUCAUACCGGUUGUUAAUUUGAUUUGGCAGGAGAGUUUUACCUUGACAAAAAUAUAUAAUAAUCAUUUUUUUGUAUUGCUUUUUCAUUAUUUUAAUAAUGUGAAUCUACGUGGAAGGCAUUGGUACGUUGGUGACCAGCAUUUGUCAAACAGGCUGUAAUGCAAGCAGUGUUAAACGAACAGGGUCGUGAAUGUAAACGGGACUGAUUUUAAGCAGGAAUGAAUGUCAGUAAAUUAUUCAUCAGAAGUUUGUUACAGUUUGUUUAUGCCAAGGUGAGUAUAACAUGAGCAGGAUUUGAAGAUUAAAACUUUUGGGCUCCAUAUAUAAAGGAGGUCAUCUAAAAAGUGGAGUAUAAAAUAUAUCAAACUGUAAAUAUCAAGAGAAAAUGAUUAUGUUUAGCUUUGAAAGCUGCUUUACACAUCUUUAUGUAUGAGAAGACUGCUGUUACAGCAGAUGUUUGAGUUUUCUCAGCAGCUCCGCACAACUAAUCUUAACUGAACCACACAUACUUGUGAGAUUUUUUUAUUGUUUUUUUAUUCUGCUAUAGUUCAUCCACUGACCCUUUUAUUGCCAUUGCUAACAAUAAUGAUAAAUAGAAAUAAUAUGUAGCUGCUACUGAGUAUUAAUUGUAGGAAAACGGACUGAAUGUUUACAGUCUUACGGUUGCAUACAGAACUGAGUCAUUUUGAAAACUGUAAAUCUUUUGAAAACACGCUAUAGACAGGUUGGACUCACAUGUACUCAGCCGGAAACUGUGAUCUUUGCCUUUUUUAAACUGCUUAGUUUUUUCAUGUUGCUGUAUAUUUCCUGUCAAGUCCAUAGGAAGCAAAAUGGGUGAGUAGAACUAUAGAAUAAAGAGCAUACGGAUGUUGUGUGUUAAAUAUAGUUUUGAAUAAAAUGGACAGUGGCGAUGCA